AUGGGGACCUACCUGUCCUUGCACUUCUCGGUGCGGGCUCGAGCUCUGUCAUCUUUGCUCGUGCGGUGCCUUAUAUGGGUCGCACUUGAAUAUCACCUACUACCCGACAAGAUAGCGCUGGAUCCCAAACUGCACCCAAGCAAGUGGGCCAAGGCUUACGUGCCAUAUCUGGUCAUCUUUGUCACCGGAUAUUGGACUCAGUUGACACUUUAUUGGAUUCUCAGCACUCUAUCUGAUGAAGUGGAGGUUGCCUCGCGUGCUGGAGGCGUUUUCCGAGCUUUUGAAACUGCUGGACAAGCAGUAGCCUACGGUCUGAGUUCGGCAAGCCACAUCAAUCACGUUAUUCCCCUCUACUUCAACUGCGCAGUGUUAUUUUUUGCAAUUCCAAGUAUGGCAUUGCUUAUCAGGAGAAUGCCUACGAGGUCUAUAGGGAGUAUUAUCACGGAAGAAGAGAGUGUCGCAGCACCUGAACACUCUUUACAGAUAAAGUAG